AUGUACGCAUAUAUGCAUAUUCAGGUAUUGAAGAAAAAGGAAAGAAGAGAGGAAAAUCAUAGUAAAAGAAAUAGAAAAUAUAGCGUCCGUAUAUCAUCGCUAUAGCAGAGAAUGAAGUUGACAGUUGGCAGUUUAAAACGGAGUGAAAUUGCAAUCCAGUUAGCGUUUCGAAUGCUUCGGAAUACUCUAUCCUUUUUCGUCUUUCAAACAGAAAAGAGGAAAGAAAAAUAUUUUCAAGCGUUUGGAGCAUCAUUGCAAAUGCAGCAUGAGAAAUUUGAAUUACCUCUAGAGUUUUUUCACACUGUAUCUAUGCACAGGACGUCCGGUAAUAGAGAUAAAAGUGGACAUGCCUAAAUUAUGAGCGCCGAAUUAUUUUACUCUGUAGUCUGUCAUGUUGUCACCCAGUUGUCAUCGGAUUUCAUGAAGAAUGGAAGUGCUACGCGUCCCGAACAGAGUGGUUGACAUAUCUGAGCCGAUAUUGGCAGAAGACAGUACGUUUUCUGAACUAGCGUUAUCACUGAAAGCGAUAUUAGAACAAUUGGACGAAAAAGCUACUCAUCAUGAUUAUUUUGUUGCUUUGCUGCUUGUUCUGUUAGCGGAAUCUGGAUUUCGUGUGUCCUCUAAAUCUGAUAUUCCAGAACAGCAGCAAAAUAAAAGGUUGGUCCAUAUUCCUUCAAGUUGGAAGCAACGGGAGACAGGAGUGUACGAGAUAGACCUUGUAUUAGAUGAUUUGGAUCAUAUCCAAUCGAAAUUAAUCGCAAUACCUUAUGGUGAUGUAUUAAUAUUUAAUGCGUUUGCAUACAUAGAGCCCAAAGUCGUUUACAGUAUGGCUGUACACUCUUUCAAGUAUGUGAACCCAUACACGCAUAAUGUUUAUAUGCGAUAUAUGAAUCUCAAGGAAAUAUCACACAAUUUUAAGGACACUAUGGUUACGCCAUUACGAACGGAUAUAUUGUUAACCUCGGGUAGAACAGGUCCUAGCUUUCAAUGUCUGCCAAGGGAAUUACACAACAAGAUUGCAAAUAUGCGACGUCUGUUAGAAUGUCAAAACUGAUAUGUGCUUCAACACACGCUGAAUACGUUCAAUGUAUACUCGAUCUUCAAUUUUCGCUAAGUGAGUCUUCCAACUUUCACUUACGCAGUUGUUUAUACCAUCAAUUUUGUUACGUUUUCCAUCAGAUUCAGAUAGUUUAAAAAAAAGAUAAAUAGUUUUAAAAGAAGGUUUUAGCAAAAAGGAUGCCAAAUGAAUGUAAAUAUAGUCAUAAUAGUAAUAAAACGUAAUUAUGUAAUAGAAUA